AUGGCGGACCAACUCAACGGUACCAUGGGCAAUUUGUCCCUCGACUCGGCCCCGCAGGGCAACCAGCAGCCUCCUGCCCGCUCUUACAUCCCGCCCCACAUGCGUAACAAGAUGGGGGCCGGUAGCAGCCCGGUCAACUCUCCUCCCUUGAGCUCUCCUCCCGGCUCCGGCGGCCCCGGUGGUCCUGGUGGUCCCGGUGGUCCCGGCAGCCCCAUGGGUGGUCUCAACAGCAGCGCUUGGGCUGGCAACAACAACUUCGACGCCCGCGCCGGUGGUGGUGGUAACUGGGGCGCUGGAGGCGGCGGCGGCGGUUACGACGGCCCGAACCAGUCUUGGGGCGGUGGCGGCGGUCGCCAGGGCGGCUUUAACCGCGGCGCUUACCGUGGCCCUCAAGGCGGCGGUGGUGGCAUGGGCGGUGGUGGUGGUGGCCCUGUUGGUCGCGGCGAAGGUCGCUGGGUCGACGGCAAGCACGUCAUUGGCCCCAGCGACCCUCGCAUGGAGCGUGAUCUCUUCGGCACCCCCGACGACCCGAGCAAGCAGCAUACCGGUAUCAACUUCGAGAAGUACGACGACAUUCCGGUCACGCCCUCUGGCCGCGAUGUGCCUGAGCCGGUGCUGACCUUCAGCAACCCCCCGCUGGACGAGCACCUGCUGUCCAACAUCGAGCUGGCUCGCUACAAGAUCCCCACCCCGGUCCAGAAGUACUCGAUUCCCAUUGUCAUCAACGGCCGCGAUCUCAUGGCCUGCGCCCAAACAGGUUCCGGCAAGACUGGCGGUUUCUUGUUCCCUAUUAUGCACCAGUCGUUCACCCAGGGCCCGUCCCCUGCUCCCGUCCAGGGCGGCGGUGGCUACGGCCGUCAGCGCAAGGCGUACCCGACUGCCUUGAUCCUGGCUCCCACUCGUGAGCUGGUGUCUCAGAUCUACGAUGAGGCCCGCAAGUUCGCCUACCGUUCGUGGGUGCGCCCCUGCGUCGUCUAUGGUGGUGCCGACAUCGGCUCGCAGCUCCGCCAGAUUGAGCGUGGCUGUGAUCUUCUUGUUGCCACUCCGGGCAGAUUGGUCGACCUCAUAGAGCGUGGUCGCAUCUCGCUGUGCAACAUCAAGUAUCUCGUCCUCGACGAGGCUGAUCGCAUGUUGGACAUGGGUUUCGAGCCCCAGAUUCGCCGCAUCGUGCAGGGCGAGGACAUGCCCCCCGCCGGCUCGCGCCAGACGCUCAUGUUUUCGGCCACUUUCCCCCGUGACAUCCAGAUGCUCGCCCAGGACUUCCUCAGCGACUACGUCUUCCUUUCCGUCGGCCGUGUGGGUUCCACCUCGGAGAACAUCACCCAGAAGAUCGAGUACGUCGAGGACAUCGACAAGCGCUCUGUGCUUCUGGACAUCCUCCACACCCACGCUGGUGGUCUGACCCUUAUAUUCGUGGAGACCAAGCGCAUGGCCGACUCCCUGUCGGACUUCCUUAUUAACCAGACGUUCCCGGCCACCUCGAUUCACGGUGACCGCACCCAGCGUGAGCGUGAGCGCGCCCUCGAGCUCUUCCGCGGCGGCAAAUGCCCCAUUCUGGUGGCCACUGCUGUCGCUGCUCGUGGUCUCGAUAUCCCCAACGUCACUCACGUCAUCAACUACGAUCUCCCCACCGAUGUGGACGACUAUGUCCACCGUAUCGGUCGUACCGGUCGUGCUGGUAACACGGGUAUCGCUACUGCCUUCUUCAACCGUGGCAACCGCGGUAUUGUCCGCGAGCUUGUCGACCUUCUCAAGGAGGCCAACCAGGAGGUUCCCUCGUUCCUCGAGACCAUCGCUCGUGAGUCGUCCUUCGGCGGCGGCGGCCGUGGCCGUGGUGGUGGUGGUCGCGGUCGUGGCCGUGGCGGUAACACCGAUUUCCGCAAGUACGGCGGUGGUGGAGGCGGCGGUGGCUUCGGCGGAGGCUUCGGCGGCAACCAGCACGGCGGCGGCGGCGGUGGCGGCUUCGGCAGCGGUGGUGGUGGUGGUGGCUACGGCGGUGGUGCUCCUCCCCCCAGCGGCGGCUACGGCGGCGGUGGUUAUGGUGGCUAUGGCGGCGGCGGUUACGGCAACCCCGGCGGUGGUGGUGGCCAGUCCUGGUGGUAA